UGAAAAUAAUAACGUAUUUAAAUAAAAUGUACAUAGUGUUGUGUUCCAAAGGCUAAAUAAAAUUUAUAUAAAAAUCAUUUAUCUUUUAAUUUUUAGUAUUUAUCUAAUGUUCUUGCGCUAAUUUUAUUAAAUUUACUAUAGAUUAUAAAUAAUUUACUGGAGAAAUGUGUCAAGUGCCUUAAUACUGUAGCCUGUUUAAAUAAACCUAGACCUUUGUGAUAAAUUAUUUGUUGUGAUAAAACUGCCAUUUAAUUAUGGGAGAAAAAGAACAUCAUGUUCAUUUUAGUGGAGGUAGUGGUCUUGGUUUUAAUAAUAUUAUGAUACAACCCCAACGUCAUGGGCAUUUAGAUGCACAUUUAGGAUUCUUACAACGUCACCAUAGGUAUCACAUAGAAUUUUCAGUACCGUGGAACAAAUGUAUACACGUAGACGGUAAAUCUAAAGUACCAGCAGUGAUAGUAGACAAUAGCAAUUCAAAUUGUAUAGUUAACGAAGUAUCCCAGGAAAAGGACGACCUAAGGAUAAAGCUUGAAUUAUUAGCCUAUCACGAAUUUCUAAAAGAAGUUAUUCAAUUAAAGUGCUGUGAGUCUGGCACGCCGCUCAACAUCACACUGAAAGCCAGAGUCCUCAGCAGGGAUAAAGGGACUCCGAUGUUACGAAAUGGAAUCCACAGUAUCGGAAUCGAGGCCAGCGAGGACGAUGAAGACGACGUGUCUGAGUAGUUUUUAAUAUAAUUAUUAAUUGAUAUUAAAAUGGUCUCCUCAACUACAAAAACAACAAUUAAUUUAGAUCU